CCCUACCCAGGUUUGUUUCCUGGAGUGGGUGUAAGACAUCAGUUGUAAACCUGCCCUAGCAGGAAUAGCGGUCCCUCCCUCCUCCCAACUAUUUCUAAGGCUUUAUUUCUAAGGCUUUAUUAUCACCGGUGGAAAAGGAUCCGCUCACCGACGAGCUCCGGUAUCAUCCCUCCUCGCAACUCCUAUCCACAAGACACCUCUUUUCUUCCCCCUAAAAAAAAACAGAUAUCAAGCUGAAAUCAAGGAAUCGAGUCCAUGCGAGCUGCCAUCUGAUCCCACACACACUUAUCAAUGAAGCAAGAGAUCAUGGCGGAUGGCCCCAGGUGUAAGAGGCGAAAACAAGCCAACCCGAGACGGAAAAACGCUCUGAACUACGAGAAUGUGGUGGAGACAGGUUCAGAGACCGAAGAGGAAGACAAGCUGCCCGUGUCCGAGGAAGACCCCCUGAUCAACGGCACCGGCAGCCCGGCCAGCCUCACCAACCCGGAGGCCUCGCCGCGCGCCGAGAGCCACGGCCUGCUGACCAAGGAGGAAGAGGACGACGAGAUGAGGGACAGCGGCGUGGAGCAUAUCUGGCCCGACAAUGACAUGCUGAGUGCCUCUGUGGAUGGUACUGAUGAAAUAAAAGAUGAUUUUGACACCCUGGGGCCUGAUACCACUUUGCAGGCAGUUGGAAACGGUACAGUCAAGAGCGUCGAUUGCACUUCAGAGUUCGAGGACUUCUUCUCCAAGCGGAAGCUGGACGACGGUGACAGCCACGUGGUGAGCAUCGCAGAGUACCUCCAGCGGGGCGACACUGCCAUCAUCUACCCAGAAGCCCCAGAGGAGCUGUCCCGCCUGGGUACACCAGAGGCCACCGGGCCAGAGGAGAACGACCUGCCACCUGGAACGCCAGAUGCCUUCGCCCAACUGUUGACCUGCCCCUACUGCGACCGGGGCUACAAGCGUUUGACAUCGCUGAAGGAGCACAUCAAGUACCGCCAUGAGAAGAACGAGGAGAACUUCGCCUGCCCCCUGUGCAACUACACGUUUGCUUACCGCACUCAGCUCGAGCGGCAUAUGGCCACACACAAGCCUGCGAGGGAUCAGCACCAACUGCUCAACCAAGCGGCCGGCAACCGCAAGUUCAAAUGCACCGAGUGUGGCAAGGCCUUCAAAUACAAGCACCAUCUGAAGGAACACCUCCGGAUUCAUAGCGGUGAAAAACCGUAUGAGUGCCCCAACUGCAAGAAGCGUUUCUCCCACUCGGGCUCCUACAGUUCCCACAUAAGCAGCAAAAAGUGCAUUGGCCUGAUUGCCGUCAACGGCAGGAUGCGCAGCAACAUGAAGACGGGCUCGUCCCCCACCUCAGCCUCCUCCUCACCCACCAACACUGCCAUCACCCAGCUGCGCCAGAAGCUGGAGAACGGCAAGCCGCUCGGCCUCCCCGAUCACAACAACCACCUGAACAUAAAGACGGAGCCGCUCGACUUCAACGACUACAAGCUGAUGAUGGCAUCGCAUGGAUUCGGAGCUCCUGGACCGUUCAUGAAUGGAGUAGGAGGGAACAGCCCACUGGGGAUUCACCACUCAGCCCAGAGCCCCCUGCAGCACCUUGGGAUUGCCGGACUUGAGCAGCAGCUCCUGGGCUACCCGGGACCGCUGAUGAACAACCUGAGCGAGGUGCAGAAGGUCCUCCAGAUCGUGGACAACACUGUGUGCAGGCAGAAAAUGGACUGCAAGCCGGAGGAGCUCUCCAAGCUCAAGGCCUACAUGAAGGAGCUGGGGUCCCAGGUUGAAGAGCAGAAACAGGGGCUGGUAAAUGCAGGGCAUCAGAUGGGUCUUCCACUUGUCAAUCACAACGGCGCCACCAAAAGCAUCAUCGACUACACGCUAGAAAAAGUGAACGAAGCCAAAGCCUGCCUCCAGAGCUUGACGACAGACUCAAAGAGACAGAUUAGCAAUAUCAAACGAGAGAAAUCCAACCACAUGCUUGAAGGAGGUGUGGAUGAGAAGGUGCAGGAAAACAGCAUGUUUACACCUUAUGCUUGCCAAUAUUGCAAAGAAUCCUUCACCGGGCCCAUACCCUUGCAUCAGCAUGAACGCUACCUGUGUAAAAUGAACGAGGAGAUCAAAGCCGUGCUGCAGCCCAGUGAGAAUCUGAUGCCCAGCAAACCAGCGAUAUACAUGGAGAAGAACACCCACUUAACCUCCUCCAUGAUGUCUGAGAAGGGACUCACUGGGCCCAUCAACCCUUACAGGGACCACAUGUCUGUGCUGAAGGCGUAUUUCGCCAUGAACAUGGAGCCCAACUCGGAGGAGCUGCUCAAGAUCUCCACAGCAGUCGGCCUUCCUCAGGAAUUUGUCAGGGAGUGGUUCGAGCAGCGAAAGAUGUACCACUACGGCACCACCAGAACUCCGCCGCUAGAGCACAGGAACAACAUGGAUAUGGUUGUCGGAACAAAUAACCACCACACUCCACCAAAAGACUCUAUGGCAGCUAGGUCACCUGUGUCUCUUCUCAAACCUACUGACCGCAUCACGUCCCCCUCCAUAGCGGAGCUCCACAACAACGUUAACAACUGUGACAACUCAUUCAGACAUUUGAAAAACCACCAGUAUAGCGGCAACGCCAAAGCCACGGGUGAAAAGUUGGACCACUCCCGCAGCAACACCCCCUCCCCGUUAAAUCUGUCCUCCACAUCUUCCAAAAACUCUCACAGCAGCUCCUACACUCCAAACAGCUUGACUUCAGAAGACCUGCAGGCUGAGCCGCUGGACCUCUCUCUGCCGAGACUCAUGAAGGAACCCAAGCAUGCACUGACUGUCAAAAGCAGACCUAAAGUCAACAGUAUUACCAUCGACCACAACAGCGUCCCCUCUCCCCGCGAGCACUUCGAGGAGCCUUUGAACUUAGCCUAUCUCAAGAAGGAGUUCUCAGUCUCUCACAAUGGAAACCUUGAAAAAAGCACUAGCCCCAUCUUCGGCAUUAACCCGUUUGCUGCCAAACCCCUGUAUACAUCACUUCCACCUCAGAGCGCUUUCCCACCUGCCACAUUCAUGCCCCCGAUGCAGGCCAGCAUACCAGGUCUUAGGCACUACCCGGGCAUGGAUCAAAUGGGCUUCCUACCACACAUGGCCUACACUUACGCAGCAGGGGCAGCUACCUUUGCCGAGAUGCAGCAGAGGAGAAAGUACCAGCGGAAACCAGGUUUCCAGGGGGACCUGCUCGACGGUACACCAGAUUACAUGUCAGGGCUGGACGACAUGACAGACCCCGACUCCUGUCUGUCGCGGAAGAAGAUUAAGAAGACCGAAAGUGGUAUGUACGCGUGUGACUUGUGCGACAAAACAUUCCAGAAGAGCAGUUCCCUUCUAAGACACAAAUAUGAACACACAGGCAAGAGGCCGCACCAGUGCCAGAUCUGCAAGAAAGCCUUCAAACACAAACACCAUCUCAUCGAGCACUCCAGACUGCACUCGGGGGAGAAGCCUUACCAGUGCGACAAGUGCGGGAAGAGAUUCUCCCACUCGGGCUCCUACUCGCAGCACAUGAACCACCGCUACUCCUACUGCAAGCGGGAGGCCGAGGAGCGGGAGGCGGCUGAGAGGGAGGCCCGUGAGAAGGGCCACCUGGAGCCCACAGAGCUGCUGAUGAGCCGGGCAUACUUGCAGGGCAUGACUCCUCAGGGUUACCCGGAGCUGGCCGAGCGCGAGGCCAUCCUGAGGCACGACGCCGUGAACGGAGGGAUCAGAGAGGGACGGAAGGAAGUGGAAGGAACGUAUGCGAAGAUUGGACGCAGGGAGGACGAGUUCGAGGAGGAGGAGGAGGAGAGCAAGAGCAUGGACACGGACCCGGACACGUUGAGGGACGAGGAGGAGAACGGAGAGCACUCGAUGGACGAUAGCUCGCUGGACGGCAAAACGGAAACCAAAUCGGAUCACGAGGACACGAUGGAGGAUGGCAUGUAAUCGAUCGGCGACGACAUUUUCAAAAGCUUCCCAUCUUAACAACAACAACAAAAAAAAGAAAAAAGAAAAAAAAAGUUUUAAGUUUCUCUCUUUCGGUUCAGUAUUCUUACCUGCUCGGUUUAAAACACCGUGUUUUAAGCUGUACGUGCACGUGCCUGAAGCUUCCGGGAAGCUUUCUUUGACAGACUCCUCGGCGGUGGGUGAUGGGGGGGGGGGGAGCGGGGAGCAAAGAUGUCUGCCGAACAAGACAUGGACUGAAGAAUCAAUCUGGAGGAGGCGUUGAGAGAAGGGGGCAUGGGUUUGUGAAAUAAGCUGCAUUAUGCAAACCGAACAAUGAAUAAAUGAAUACAUUUCAAAAAAUGUACAGUACUAAGGCCUAAAAAUAUGUGUGGUGCUAACCUCCUCAAAUAAACCCCCUGUGUUCCAUAGUAUUUAUAGCACAACUAGUGACUUGUACAAAUUGCACUCCGCUUCUAUAAUCAUGAACAAAAAUAAUAAAAAGUAUUGCCUAUGUAUAUAUUUAUACAGUGUUGGAAAAAGAGCAGUAGUGUCUGCACUACAGUCCUUCGAUAUUACCUUUGUUAUCACCUACCUACCUACGGUGUCGUCUUUAGUUUUUUGCCAUGUUGCCCGGCCACAAACAUCUCCAGCCACACUGUUUUAGGCCUCUUGAAUCAACUUCAAAUGAAGGAAUUUAAAUAAAAAGACUGUAUGAAGGAGCUUUUUCUUUUUUUUUUUUUUUUUUUUAAGAGGAUGAAGUUUUAAAGAGACCUUCAUUUUAAGGGAAAAUACAGUUUAUGGACAGAUGGUAUUGGGGGGGGGAUAAAAAAAAAAAAAAAUGAAGGACGAAGCCUUUGUAAGGUGUUUUUGAUAAGAAAAAAAAAGCCUUAUAUGCAAACCUUUUAACCUGUGUGUUUUCUGCAAGUGCCACCCUCGUAUUGUGUAAAAGGAAGGUUACUUUUUUUCCACCAGCCUCAGUAUUAUGAAAAAUGGUUUACCGUUGUUCUUUGAAGCACCCGUGUCAGUAUUAAGACUAUAGGCAGCAGUUCCUUAGUUUACAUUAUGUUGUGCAAUGUUUUCUCAGUUUCUUUUUUUCUUUUAACUUGUCAGUAUUACACCAAACCAUUUUUGAAAACAACAAAAAUUGCAUUCAUUUUAUUUGUAGGUUGAAAAAAAAAAAAAAACAUUAUUUAUGUGGCCCAUUUUAUAUUUCCUAAUUUUAUUUAUUUCAUACUGUUGUGUACAGUACUAUAGUUCUUCAAUAUAUAGAUAUAUUUUAGUAAAAAGGAACAUGGUGUCGAUCAUAGGGGCAAAUUUUACGUAAAGAGAGCAUUUAUUGUGUUUUGAAACAUUGUGAAAUGCGAAGUUUAAUCUUAUUUUAUUUUAUUUUCCUUUUAUUUUCCAGUUAAUGGAAAAUUCCAAAUUUGGGAACUUUUAUACAAUUGUGAAAACACUGUAUUUUCGACUGAAAAAAUUCCACUUUCUUUGUUUCUUUUUUUAAGCUAAAAAAAUGAAGAGGGACUGUUAAAUACUAUGUAUGAUAUCAUGACUGAAGAAGAAUCUUUCCUGAAAUGUCUUUGUAAAAGUAUUAUUGAAUUCUUAAUUUGUAAUUUCUCUUGAAAAUGACCCUGCUCGAAUAAAAGUAGCCAAAUUACAGAGUACCAAA